AAAAAGAAAAAAGAAAAACCGUAUCCGUUUCCAGAAAUCCAACAAAUACUUUCUUCAUCUCAUCUUCAACCAUUUUCUCUUCUUCUCUUCUCUCCGCCGCUCCAUCUCAUCUAACCAUUUCUUCAUUUCUUUUCAUUUUCAGAAAUGUCGAUGAGAACUGUCAAAGUCAGCAAUAUCUCAAAACUUACUUCAGAGAGAGAUAUCAAAGAAUUCUUUUCAUUCUCAGGUGAAAUCCUUUAUGUUGAAAUGCAAAGAGAAAGUGAGAACACUCAGGUGGCUUAUGUUACGUAUAAGGAUUCUCAAGGAGCUGAUACUGCAAUACUUUUGACAGGAGCUAAAAUUGGUGAUCUAUCUGUAACAAUUACUUUGGUUGAGAAUUACCAUCUUCCACCUGAAGCAAUGUCAUCAAUCCUGGAUAAAAGGCAAACGGUUACUGGGAUUGCUCCAAAUCAGGCUGAAGACGUCGUAAGUACAAUGCUUGCUAAGGGUUUCAUCUUGGGGAAGGAUGCUCUAAACAAAGCAAAAGCAUUCGACGAACGACUCCAAUUCACAUCAAAUGCUUCUGCAACCGUAGCUUCCAUUGACCGCAAGAUGGGAAUAACUGAGAAAAUAACAGCAGGCACAGCAGUGGUGAAUGAAAAGGUCAGGGAGAUGGAUGAAAUGUUCCAGGUUACGGAGAAGACGAAAUCCGCCCUUGCCGUUGCAGAGCAAAAGGCAACAAGCGCUGGAACGGCGCUGAUGAGCAAUUAUUAUGUGUUAACUGGAGCAGCAUGGUUUUCAAACGCAGUAACUGCAGUUACAAAAGCUGCUGAGGAAGUGACCCAAAUGACAAAGGUAAAAGUCGAGAAAGCCGAGGAGGAGAAAAAGGAGAGUAUAUAUCGGGAGAGAACGGGGAUCAUUAGUAACUUCGCCGAGCUCCAUCUCGAUGAGCCUUUACCUGGGGAGCCUGCUAUUGUUCCAGUUAAUUCAGCAGAUAGAUAGAGGAGACAGUAAGUUGUGAAUCAUAAUAUCAUAUGAAUGAAAAACAUUAUACUUGUGAAUUACAUUGCUUCUUCUUCUUCUUCUUCUUCUUCUUCUUCUUCUCCACUUUGUUGUAUGAUAUUAUACAUUUUUUACAUUUUAGAGGUGCUCCAAUUACAGAGUUUACUUCUUUCUACUUGUGGAUGUUGAAAUGUUAUGACAUUCUUUCGGGUAGAAAAAUUCCUUUUUGAAUACUUUGAUUGUAUACUGUUUCAUUUAACUUUUGUAAUUGAUUAAUGCAGUAAAGUUUCUUUCAAUUUUAGGUA